AUGGAUAAUUACCAAAAAUACCGUCUUGCCGAUACACUCAACCAUCUGUCCUAUCCGGACCGACUUUUCAUCCUCGAACUCUGCCUCUUUGAUAACCGCUCCAAUAUUCAACAAGUCAGCUACCAACUAGAGAUUAUGCGUGAGCGUCGAUGGCCCACUGAGCGAUCUCAAAUCCAAAUCUUCCAAGAAUGGCUAAUGCAGCUCGAAGAAUCACAACAUGAAUUACGGCAAAUCAAAGAAUGCCAUAUCAUGAUGAUGGAACCAGAAAGAUCUUCGACCCAGCAGAGGGGGACGACAAUUCAGAAUGAAAACAGGUGGCCGGUGUUUUUACGCAGCUUCGGUAUCAUUGCGUGA